CCAACAGUGCUUUCUGUGCGCUGCCAGGGGUUCCUUGCUCCGCUAUUAGCUCCCUCAGCACGCUACUGUAGCGCCUGCCUGUGCCGCUGCAGGCAGCUUCAGCGCAUAACUGCACCAGAACAGGCCAUCGAGGUUGCACGGCAGGGGGGAUGUACCUCCCCUCCCCCAAAAGGGUAAACACAAUUUAAAGACCCAGGGCCGCCUCCUUCCUCUCUCCUCUUCUUCUCUUCUUCUUCCGAUCCAACAAUUCUCAUCUACCAAUCUUCAUCAUUUUCAUCCACCGGAAAAACAAAACCAACACAACCUUCAAAAUGAAGUUCACUGCCGUCGCCCUUUUCGCCGCUGUUGCCAUGGCUCAGCUCCCUCCCCAGUGCGGUCUUAAAUGCGCUACUGAUUCUGCUCCCCAGACCCACUGCUCCAACCCUGCCGACUUUGCUUGCUCUUGCAAGCCAGAGAACCAGGCGAUUGUCGCCAAGUGCCUCGAGACCGCGUGCUCCCCCGAGGACAAGCAGAAGACCAUUGAAAUUGGUGAACAGUAUUGCAAGGCUGCUGGCUUCCCCGUCGGCGGUGCUUCUUCCUCUGCCCCCGCUCAGAGCUCUGCUCCUCCCAAGUCCUCUGCUCCUGCUCAGAGCUCUGCUCCCGCUCAGUCUUCUGCUCCCGCCCAGAGCUCUGCCCCCGCCAAGUCCUCCUCUGCUGCUCCCCAGAGCUCCUCUGGCGCCGCCUCUGGCACCGGCACCAUGCCCUCUAAGCCCACUGGCUCUUCUCCCAGCACUGUCUCCAGCAGUGCCGGCGGUGCUCUCCCCACCAUCGGUGCCAUGGCUGCUGCCGUUGCUGCCGCUCUUGCUCUGUAAAUUGCUUAGAACGGGAGUAAGCGUCUUCAGCUGGUGAAGCCGGGACUCUGUACGACUAAUACGGAAAAUGUCGAUGCAAACAACUAGCUUAAUACAUAAUAUAUCCAACGUUGAACUAUC